GACAAACAAAUGUGCAUAGACAAUCGUAAUCGCACACUUCGUGAACUAAUAUAGUUUUCAUUCGUUUUUAACGACUACGUGCCUACUAGUUAAACAGCGUACGUUGCUAAAUAUAAAUUAGUAUUAAUAAGUAAGUUCAAGAGUCCAUAUUUGUAACUAAUUUGCUUUAAUAACUACUUAUCCUAAGAUUUUAUGGAUAUUGUAGUUCUAUAGGUACAUUGAGGUUGAAAUUAGGCUUGUAAUUGUCGGUCUUUAAAAUUUAAUCAUGGAUCUGCCAGUUUUAUCGGAAUGCUGCUUCUGUUUGCCGCUACGAUUUGGAUUGCUGGUAUGGGGAUAUAUCAAAUUGACCAUUUCCAGCAUUACGGCUUUAAUACUGCUGUUAGCAUUGGAAGAGAAGAUCGUGAGGAUGGGCGAUGAUCGUGAUUAUUUGGAGAUAUAUGUCCUGGCCUUGGUGCUAGUCACUGUCGCGAUUAAUCUCGCUUUGGACACCCUCUUCGUCGUCGGUGGUCAUAAGAAAAACGUGAAACUGCUGCAGAUCUACUACAUCUACCACAUAGUGUUGUGGGUGCUGACGCUUAUAUCCCUGAUAGUCAUGGGCUUCGUCAUGAUGAAGGGAAUCCAUGGGCGCAUGGUGCUGCAAAUCAACUUUUUCAACAUAUUUCUUAGCAGCGUACUGCAAUCCUACUUCUUGCUUCUGCUGAGGAGUCAGAUCAUGAAACUGAAAACCAACAUCGACUUUCAAUACUUGAACACUACUGCUGAAACAGGACCUAAGUGCACCAUGCAAUAUGGCACAGCUAUUUAUGCGUUGGAGGGCUCACAAGAUGUCUAUAAUGUGUGAAAAAUAUAAGUAGGUACUUAAAUAAAUUAUCUAUUAUUGAUGUAUAUGGAAAGGUAGCAGGUGGAAAUGUUAAUGUUGAUAAGCUUAUUUAAUUCUUGUAAGUAAAAUAAAACAACGCGGGCGUAAUUCACUUAUUAAUUUUGUAAAUCUAAGUAUACCUACAAUAAUCAAAAGUAUGUACUAAUAACGCCCUUGCCACUUUUGAAGGUCUGGGGUUUUAUAUUUCUAUAGACAUUUUCUCUUUAUUUAGAUCUUGCUUUGUUGCUCAUCAUUUUGUUGCUUAAAGCAAAAAAAAAAUGUAAGUAUUUGUAUUUAUAUCUAACUCUUACCUACCUGCGUUUUAGUAUGUUUGGAUUGUCAUACUUAAAUCAGAAAAGUUCGCAACGCAAUUAGUUUAUCAAUCAUUUAAUACCUACCUAAAGCUAGGUAUUUAUACUGUUUCAUUAAAAAAACAACAGUGAGUAAAA